AUGGUCGUGAGGAUGGAAAACACUCUGAAAGAUACUUCUCUCGGCUCUCCCUCUGAUGAUCCACCGACCGACGACGAGAAGUGCUCAACGAAGAAAGUAAAGAACCGUCCGGAGGAAAUACUGCGAACCGGUAAUGAAGAGGCGGACAUGGAAGUGGAAAUAACGGCAAAAACGACGGAUGUGGAAGAAGGAAAUAUUCCCAAAGCUUCCUUCAAAGAGAAGCUCAUGAGUAAUGAUAAAGCCUUAGAUUCUGAUCCUGAAGAUGAUCACUCUGCCUUUGUCCUGUCUAAUGAUGAUAUUGAAAUAGGCAAUGCUAAGGGCGUUCCGUCUAUUAACUUUUCAGACAGAAUUCAUAAUCUUUUUGCCCUUAACAUGAAACUUUGUGUGGUUGUUCGUCUCUUAGGCAAAACCAUUGGAUACAGGACUCUCUUUGGUCGUCUGAUGAAACUUUGGAAGCCUAAAAACUACCCGAGCCUGGUUGAUCUAGACAACAAUUUCUUUCUUGUGAGAUUCUACUCGAUGGAUGAUUACAUCAAUGCGUUGUCUGGUGGUCCUUGGGUGCUAUUCGGUCACAAUCUCACCGUUCAACCUUGGGAUCCUUCUUUCUCCUCAGAUAACACCAAUACUACUUCGGUGACCGCUUGGGUUCGUUUUCCCGGUCUACCUUACCAUUACUAUCAUAAUCAUGUUCUAAAAGCCAUUGCCUCUACCAUCGGCAGUGUUGUUCGCAUUGACUAUAAUACUGAAGCUAGGGAACGUGGGAAAUUUGCCCGUCUUGCCAUCAGUUUGGAUCUUACCAAGCCUCUUGUUUCGAGAAUUUUGAUUGAUGGCCGAAUCCAAAAGGUUGAAUACGAAGGGCUACCGAUAAUUUGUUUUGACUGUGGCCGCUACGGUCAUCGUGAAAAUUGUUGUCCUUUUAAAACUGUUGAUACUUCUAUGGAUGAUUUGGCUAAAUCUAACAGUUCCGUGCUCAACCAGCCGCCAGCUACGGUGGUCGAGGAUGCUCAAUUCGGUCCCUGGAUGCAGGUGGCUAAUCGUAGAAGGAAACCAGAUUUUCAGGCCAACAAUCAUGGCAAUAACGGUCAAAAAAUAUCAGGGUCAAGAUUUGAUUCUCUGGCUAACCUGGUGGAGGAUAUUCAGGAAACUAAUGCCCAGAAUGGUAAGGCUGAGAUGGCUAUUCCUAAUUCAGAGACAAAUAUGUCAGGACCUCAGAUUAGGAAAAUCGCCGAUCAUGCUACAAGGUCUUCAUCUGGAAAAGGAAAAAAUAAAGCUCAUGUGGGAAAGGAAAAUAUUCCUAAAAUUAGUAAUCUCAUGGCCAUGCAAAUUCAUGCAAGUGACGUGACCCAAGACCACAACAAUCCAAUGCAAAAGCAUGCAGAAGCAAAACAAACUAACAGGUUAAGUAAUAUGCACCAAAACAAUAUCCUAACUAAGUUGGAUAAUUCUAUGGCUAAAGUGAGCAUUACCUUGGAUCCCACAAAGCAUUCCGCUGUGUCUAUCAUUUCGUCAGAUAACAAUAACGAGGAUUCGAUUCAACUAUCUCAACUAAAAAAUCUCACUCUAAGAGAUAAGUUUAAUCAAAAAGGCCCUGAUAAAUCUCAUAGUCAGUGGAGUGUGAAGAUCAACAAACAUUCGAAAAGCAAUACCAAAAUUCGAAAGAAAAAAGAAGUUCCUCACCUCCAAUGUUCUUCUGCUCGUGAUAUGAUAUUGGAGAUGGGCAAUGCAGUGAUGAAGGGAGAUGGCAGCAACAAUCUGUUGGAUGACCUUAGUAUCAAGGAUCUAGUGGCGACUUCUACUAGCGUCGAAGACCUUAACCGGCCAUCCUAA